UCGGAGGUGCCUUUGGUUCAGCCCAGUUGCCAUGGUGACUAAUAGUAACCACUUCGUUAAAUCCCGCCUGCAGGUCAUGGCUACUUUAGCCAAGCUGCAGGCUCGGGCCUCGUUUCUAGAAUCGCAGUACUACUUUAGGAACCGUGCUGUUGACAUGUUCAGGAAAAAAGAAAAUGAUGCAGCUGUGCUGAUUCAGAGCUGGUUCCGAGGAUGCCAAGUCCGGGCAUACAUCAGGCACUUGAACAGAGUAGUGACUGUUAUGCAGAAGUGGUGGAGAAGUUACCUAGGCAGAAAACAGUACCAAUUUAUUGUUGAGGCAACGUAUUAUAAUAUGAGGAUGGAUCUCUACAAUAAAAUGGCUGUCAGGAUCCAGAGACGAUGGCGUGGAUAUAGGAUCCGGAAAUAUUGCUUUAAUUACUAUUAUUUGAAAGAAUAUUUAAAAGCUGUUUCAGAGACCAAUGAUGCAAUUAGGGAGGCUUUGGAGGAGUUCGCAGAUAUGAAAGAGAGAGAAGAGAGGAAGGCUCGCCUGGAACAGGAAGAGAAGGAAAAAGAAGAGCAAGCCCGCAAGAUGCAUUACAUGCUCAGCACACGGCAGAUUCCAGGUGUAUUUAAUUCACCUUUCCGCAAACAGCCUGACCCAUGGGAGCUGCGGCUGCAGAAGGUGAAGCCUCUACCAGAGCCAUCGGGCCCUGUUAAAAAGAGCAAGUCCUGCCACAGCCUCAGAAGCUGGCUGGCCUGCACCAGUGCUCGCUCCUUUCCUCAUUCAGCAAGCCUGCCGCCCAUCGACAGGAAGCGGUGUCAGGGACCCUUCCGAGACAUCAAUGAAGUUUGGCAGCAGCGUUAUAAGCCUCUGGAGCCCACGCUGAGGAUGGCAGAACCCAUCAACCACUUGCAACUGGCCAGAGAGGCAUUGAAGGUAGAGGAAGAGAUGCGCAAUGUGAACGACAAGAUGUUUUUGCCAUUUACAUCCAACCAUAAAAACGAGAAGUACAUCCCAAUGAUCCAUACGUCAAGCAAGUAUAACUCUGGCUCUUAUGGACAGACGACCUUUCGCAGUCAAGACCCUAAAAAGUGGAUCUGUGACAAGGAUUUUCAGACUGUCCUACCAUCAUUUGAACUCUUCUCAAAGUUUGGAAAGUUAUAUUCAAAAGCUGGAGAAAUUGUAUAAAGAGAAUGAAAGAAGAUGUGAUGUGGAAAUGAGGUGAAGAUGAAGUGAGCACAAAAUCGAAGAUGCCACUGUCCGGAGUUCCAGACUCUAUCUCCAUGACUGAUCUCACUCAGCCUUGAUCUCAGUCUGGUAACCUCCAGGCUCUCCAUCCUCCCUCCCACCCUCUCUCCCUCUCUCCUCCCACUCUCUCCCACCCCAACCUUUUCACCUAACUCUCACUCUCUCAUCUGUCGGGAGAAAUAAUUAAAACCAUUUCUGGUUCAUUACAAAACUUGAUAGUUUGAGAAGAAGUUACGAAGAAGGAUCUUAGAAGAACUAACCAGGUUUACCAAUAAGCCAGACUCACUGUGAUUCAAUAAACUAUAACUGUCGUUCUA